CCCUCCUUUUCCGCCCUGGUCAGUGGUCUCGCAGAAUGUUUUUUUGACACCCCCUCUCUCCUCUCUCUCUCUCUCUCGACGAGCCUUGGCUUAGAGACGGCCAAAUUUAACUAUCGUAAUGCUAAAUUUAGAGGAUCAAGAACGAGAUGCAAUGGGAAGUGCUUGUUUUGUUGUCUGCCUUCCCCUCUUUCUCAUUUUUUCGCCAAAUUCAUGGAAGAACUCCUCUCUCCACAUCCUUUUGGUUUCUGGGUACCUUCAUUUUCUUGAAGGAGGUCUAAAAUGGCCGAUGAAGUUGGCGGUUUGGUUUGGUCGGUGAUGGUUGGCGACUGUAAGUAUUGGGUCUACGUGAUGGGAACGAUCUUUCUCCUUCUUGACCCUGUCAUUGGAACAACAGACGCCAAAGAUGUUUUUGCCCUCAAAGCAAUGUACACUAGCUUGAACUCAGCUCCUCAAUUGACUGGUUGGAGUGCAUCUGGUGGUGACCCUUGUGAUCAUUCAUGGAAAGGAAUCAAAUGUUCUGGUUCAUCUGUUACCCAAAUACAAUUAUCAGGUCUUGAGUUGACUGGUUCAAUGGGAAACCAACUAUCCAGCUUGAUUUCCGUAAUUUACUUUGAUUUGAGCAACAACAAACUUCAAGGAGAUAUACCAUACCAGCUUCCGCCAAAUUCACAACACAUUAAUUUGUCUCGCAAUUCCUUCUCUGGCGCUGUACCUUAUUCUAUCUCUCAAAUGGUUGAUCUUAAGUACCUAGAUCUUGCUCAUAAUCACCUCAAUGGUCAGCUAAGUGAUAUGUUUGGUCAACUUCAGAAACUCAAGACACUGGAUCUCUCGUUCAAUGGCUUAUCUGGUGGUUUGCCUCACAGUUUUGGAUCCCUUUCAAUGCUUGACACAUUAUAUCUGCAAAGCAAUCAAAUUACAGGUCCAGUUGAUGUCCUUACAAGUCUUCCACUUGAUCAUCUGAACCUUGAAAAUAACCAUUUCAGUGGAUGGGUCCCAGAUGAGUUAAAGAAGAUUAAAGAUGUCAAGAUAAGUGGAAAUUCAUGGUCAUCAACCCCAGCUCCUCCUCCACCACAUGCUUCGCAAAGUGCUCCUCCAAGCAAGCCAAUAAGACGCCACAAUACCAGUGCUUCUUCCCGUGGCUAUCGCAAGAGUGGAACAGAAAAAAAGAACAUGCUAGUCAUGGUAGUUACCAUCACAGUGGUAAUAGGAGUAGCAUUAACUAUUGGAAUUUUGGCAGCAUUAUUUUCACGUGGUUCAUCGCAUCGGCACCGUUUGGAUGAAGGAACAAUGAACACCAGACAAUUUACUCCUUUGGCUUCUCAGGAGAUUAAUGAGUUUAAGACAAUGGAAUCUUCCUCUUCCAUCCAUGUGAAGACUUUGCAUGUGUCUCCUUCCUUGGGGCUCAAGCCGCCACCUUCAGAUCGAUACAAGUCCUUUAACGAGAGUGAUUUUUUAAACAAAAUAAAUUCUAGAAUAACUAGAGCUCCAGGUCCUGUAAAUGCAACAAAGUACUCAUUGGCAGAACUUCAGAUGGCUUCAGGAAAUUUUGGUAGAGAUCACCUUGUAGGUGAGGGGACACUUGGCCGAGUCUUCAAGGCAAAAUAUGUUGAUGGGAAGGUUUUUGCUGUAAAAGUGUUGGACCUUCCAGUUCUCCGUGGGGACAAUUCUGAAGUUUUCAUGGAGGCCGUCUCGGAAAUUUCUCGGCUGCAUCAUCAGAACAUUACAGAGUUUCUUGGUUACUGUUCAGAGCGUGAUCAAAACCUACUUGUUUAUGAGUACCUGAGAAAUGGAUCACUUCAUCAAUUUUUGCAUCUAUCAGAUGACUAUGGCAAACCGUUGACUUGGAAUACUCGAAUUAAGAUUGCUCUCGGCACAGCUCGAGCACUAGAGUACUUGCAUGAAGUGUGUUCCCCAUCCGUCAUCCACAAAAACAUCAAGUCUGCUAAUAUUUUAUUGGACAACGAGUUGAAUCCCCAUAUCUCUGAUUGUGGCCUUUCUGCAUUUUAUGAGGAUUUGAGUCACAAUCUGGGAGUUGGAUAUAUGGCACCUGAGUGCACUACGGCAGCAGGAUACACAUUGAAGAGUGACGUGUACAGUUUUGGAGUGGUGAUGUUGGAACUUUUAACAGGCCGGAAGUCUUUUGACAGUUCAAAAUCGAGAUCUGAGCAGUCAUUGGUGAGAUGGGCAACGCCUCAGCUUCAUGACAUUGAUGCGCUGACAAAGAUGGUGGAUCCUGCACUGCGGGGUCUUUACCCUGCAAAGUCUCUGUCACGAUUUGCUGAUGUCAUUGCCCUCUGUGUUCAGUCGGAGCCAGAAUUUCGUCCACCCAUGUCGGAGGUUGUCCAAAAUCUCGUUCGGUUGGUCCAGCGCUCUAGCAUGAAGAGAACUCCUGCAGACGAACUAGAUGCUUCACGUAAAACAUCAGAUGCAGAUCAGUCAGAGUAUCCAUAUCAGUGAUAUAUAUUAUGCUUUUGAUCAAUCCUACAUAAAGAAUUUUCUUGUUCUUGGGGUUGGAGGUUCAGUAGUUUGAAAAUGGGAUCUCUUGUCUACCCUAUUUUUUGCAUGAGACUGAUUGUGCAAAGUACAACUAUUACGUAGAACGGGUGACUUAGAAUAAAGUGCAUUACCAUGCAUCAGAGCUCCAGGUUAAGACUUGCCAGAGAAUGCAUAUAGAUGCAAGGAUGUGAAAAUGACAAGUAGCCCAAUCUUGCUACCAAAUUUGUUUAAAAACUCCUUUGCCAGAUCAUGUAGACUAAGCAGUGCAUUUUUUACCAACCGAAGCAUAGGGAUUGGAUGCAAUAAUCCAAAUUACCAAAAAAAAAAAAAAAAAACCUACAGGAUAUAAAUAUGCUGUACAUGUGACUGGAUAAACCAUGUAAGGUGAGAAUUCUUGGUUAAUGAGCUGAUCGAUGCUCACUGUGAGCUUGAUUAUUUUU